GUCCGUCGGAGUCUGUCCUCGGAGCAGGAGAGGCGAGGCGACUUUGGAGAGCCAGCUGCCGGAUUAUUUCCUCUCCCCUCCCUGUCUCCCGUCCCACAUCUCUCUUCAUCCCUCUCCCGCCUUUGCUCGCGCAGCCAUGGCAGAGCCGUCGGCAGCCACUCAGUCCCCGUCCGUCUCCUCGUCGUCCUCCGGGGCCGAGUCCUCUGCGCUCGGUGGUGGCAGCGGGAGCCCGGGAGCCUGCCCCGCCCUGGGGACGAAGAGCUGCGGCUCCUCCUGUGCGGUGCACGACUUGGUUUUCUGGCGUGAUGUGAAGAAGACUGGCUUUGUCUUUGGCACCACGCUGAUCACGCUGCUGUCCCUCGCAGCUUUCAGCGUCAUCAGUGUGGUUUCUUACCUCAUCCUGGCUCUCCUUUCGGUCACCAUCAGCUUCAGGGUCUACAAGUCUGUCAUCCAAGCUGUACAGAAAUCAGAAGAAGGCCAUCCGUUCAAAGCCUACCUGGAUGUCGACAUCACUCUGUCCUCAGAAGCUUUCCAUAAUUACGUGAACGCUGCCAUGGUGCACAUCAACAGGGCCCUGAAACUCAUCAUUCGUCUCUUUCUGGUGGAAGAUCUAGUUGACUCCUUGAAGCUUGCUGUCUUCAUGUGGCUGAUGACCUAUGUUGGUGCCGUUUUCAAUGGGAUCACCCUUCUGAUUCUUGCUGAACUGCUCGUUUUCAGUGUUCCAAUUGUCUAUGAGAAGUACAAGACCCAGAUUGAUCACUAUGUUGGCAUCGCCCGCGAUCAGACCAAGUUGAUUGUUGAAAAGAUCCAAGCAAAACUCCCUGGAAUCGCAAAAAAAAAGGCAGAAUAAGUACAUGGAAACCAGAAACACAACAGUUACUAAAACACCAUUUAAUAGUUAUAACGUUGUCACUUGUGCUAUGAAGGACCGUGCUCAGUGUCAGCUUGAGCCUGCAUUCCAAGCUUUUUAAUUUGGUGUUUUCUCCCCUCCUUUCCCUCUACCCUCAGUAUCAAGCACAAGAAUUGUUGGACUUAAAAAAGAACUUAGUAUCUUAGAAAUAUCUGGAUUAAUAUUCUGGACUUAAAAAAGAACUGGUAUCUUAGAAAACCCAAAAGAAUAAAGAAAGAACCAAAUUAAUAGGAUAAAUCAGUACCUUCAUGACAGUGGAGCUUUUUUACCUGUAACUUGAAAGGAGGGGAAAUUGGAGGUAAAGGAGAAAAUGAAAAAUAGAAACCCAUGUCUUGGGUUCUUUUAUCCAAAUUUCAAGGAUUAGUCAGUCUUCUAUAGCUUCCCAUCAUAGUUUUGCCCUUAUUUUUAAGUUAAGAAAUAAUGAUUAACUUAUGAAGAAAUUAUCUGGGGACAAGAAUGGGAUUCCUUCCCUUUUUUUGUUUUCUUUUUUGUUGUUGUUUCGUUUUGUUUUGCAGUCCUCUGACCCAUCUUCCUGCCCCACAACGUGAGCAGCUACUCCUAAUCUUCUUCUUCAUUUAAUGAUAUAACUUUCAACUCUGUGAAUAACUUAUAGUUGAUAGUGAUGAUUCCUGAUUCCCAGAGUACCAUCUGAUAACCAAGAAUGGAGAUGGAAGGUCGGAUGGAGGAGGAGCACACAGGAGCACUGCUGUGAGUCCUGCGCCUCCUUAGGAAGGAAAGGCUCCACAUGUGGGACGGUGGUGUCUGUGUCAUUUCUUCUGGACACCAGUUCUGAGCUGUAGUUUGAGCGCUUAUUCCUGAAUGUGCUUUCCUCCCUCUUUCCUACCCUCAAGUUUAAUAAAUAUGGUUGUACUUUUCUUAUUAUAAAAUAAAUGUCUGUAACUGCUGUA